AUGCUGACUCUUUACGCCCGACAGAGCUGUAUCAGUGAGGCACAGAAAUACCAGGGAAAGCUGUACAAGGAGAAGAAGCCGAAGGGCCAGCAACAGUCGAACAACUCUCAGGCUCUGGUACCACACAAAUCCAAUGAGGAAUCCGCUCUCGAUGCAGACUCAAACGCCGUUGCCAUUGUCGAUGCGCCGCCGAAGGCUCCGAGCCCGCCUCCCGCGGUCAACGUGUUCGACUUCCUUGUGAGCGACGCAACCCCGAACGCUUCGAAGGUAUCACUACCGCCUAUGGGUGACUCCCUAAUGAUCGAGGACGGCCAGGAAUAUACCAGAAACAUGCCAGGAGCGUUCGAUAGCGCUGACAUUCAUGGUGGCCAGGAAAACGGCUACUCGUACGGUUCGGAACCUGCUGAGAACCCCUAUACCCCCGCUCCCAAGCACGAACGCAGCAAAGAGAAGGACCAGAAUACGGGGAAGAAGUCAGACAAGAAGCGCAAAAGACAGACGGUGGAUGAGUUGGACAUGUCCGCUGUGAAGGCUCAACAGGAGCAGGAUGCUACUAUGACAGAUGCGCCGCCAAUGCUGCACACCGGGCUCACUGGAGGCCUCAAUAAGAUGCUCAGUCACACCGAAUACCCGCCUAGCCCGGAUUAUUCGGGUGAUGCUGGAGACAACUCGCCUGCAAGCCCGAUAAAGAGGAAGAAGCACUCCAAGGCCGAGAAGGAGAGGGGAAGGGAACGCGAGUCCAGCUCCCGCAAGGUCUCCGACUCGACUGAACGCAGCCGCAAAUCGAAGCGUGAAAAGGACUCGGAAAAGGAACGCAGACGGCCUCGAGAGAUUGUCAGGGUCAGGCGCCGUCGGGCUUCCUCAUCUUCCCCUGAGCGAGAGCAUCGCAAGAGUAAGCCGUUGAAAGCCAUCGAGUAUCAUCCCGAGGGAAAGGCGGACGGGGAUGCAAGUGCUCUUGUUCUGCACAACCAACCACGUGCUGAGCUUUUGCUCUCGUACGUCAACAAGGGACCGGAAUCGGAACGCGGGCUCAGCCUUAAUAAGGCGCUCAAGAGGUACCAUCGCGACAGGAUCGAGAGAUGGGGCCACGGUGUGAGCAAGCAAGAGGAGGAGAAGGAGCUGUGGAAGUCGAUCAGGUUGAAGAGGAAUGACAGGGGUGAGAUUGUGUUGUUCACGGAGCCUUGA